AUGCUCGUGUCGCCUGAUUCUCUUGAGUUGGCGGACCUGGAACGUACUCCAAUGCGUCAAUUUGUACUUGUGUACGGCGUGGAAAGAUUUCCCUUUUCUCGACCAGAAAUUUUGGAGAAAUGGAUUCAUGCUGUCCAAAGAGAGAAAUGGAAACCAUCCAUAAGUAGCACACUCUGCAGCAAACAUUUUCUUGAGGAUUGCUAUCAGGUAAGACCAGGAGUGAAAGUGAAGUUAUUGAAGGAAGAUGCAGUUCCUUCUGUAUUUGAUUUUCCUGUUUGUCUUCCAAAAGAAACAUCUGUGGGGCGACCUUCUAGAUUGGAACCUUCUAAUGUCAUUCAAACAAAAGUGCCAGCAGACACAAACAGACACUGUUCCUCAGUUACUGACCAAAGCCAUCUUGAGGAAGAAAAUGAAGCAUUUGCAAAUGAGACUGACAGACACAAAUAG